AUGACCAAUUUUCUGUUCGCCAAAAACAAAAUAGAUUUUGUUGAUGGAACCCUCAAGAAACCAGAAACCACAGCGCCCGAAUACAAGCCAUGGAUGCGAUGCGAUGCUAUGAUAAAAGGAUGGCUUUCUGCGGCCAUGGAGAAGAACAUACGUGAUAGUGUGAAAUAUGCUAGCACUUCAGCCGAGAUUUGGUCAGAUCUGCAGGAGAGAUUCGGAAAAGAAAGUGCACCGAGAGGCUAUGAAUUGAAACAAAAGAUAGUAGCAACCAGGCAAGACGGGGCCAUGGUUUCUACGUACUACACGAAACUCCGAUCUUUGUGGGAUGAAGCGGGUCAGUUUUUUCCCUGUUGCACCUGCAACACGUGCAUAUGCGAAGUCGGUAAGAAAUUGUUGAACAUAUUGAAAAGGAGAGGUUGUAUGAAUUUCUUAUGGGGCUCGAUAGUGAAUUUGCUGUUAUAA